CCCGGGGACUUUUGGGUGAAGCACUCGGGAACAGGAAGUGGCGGAAGAUUGAACGGUGGGACUGGAGUAAUGCAACCUGGAAGAUGAGCGUCCAGUAUCUUCUCCACGCGGGAGGGAGGUGGAAAUGCUUUCCAGUCCUACUGGAGUCAUCCUUAUCCCAGGCCCUACGUAGUUUCUGCUGUCGGAAAAAAUCCACGCUACCUGAGCAAGUUAUUCCCAGUGUUGCUGUUUGUGAUGAACAUGCAAAGGAGUCAGGAGAUAAACUUGAGAAGCUCUUCUCUGCAGAACAGCAGACUUCUAUCUUGCAUGUACUGAAUACAGCAUCUACUAAAGAACUUGACGUUUUCAAAUUGCUUCGUGGAAAAAAGUCUAUCAAUAUUGUAGCACACAGAGAAAAGUUUGGGCCAUUUCAGAAAUUGGGGAGUUUGAUAAACGUGCCCUUGUUCCAGUAUAAAACUGCUGUUAAAGUUUGCAACUCCAUUGUUUGUCCAGAGACCAGAAGCGAAAAAAAUAUACAGGAAAAACGGCAGUUUGGAAAAUUCAUCAAACCAGAUGUAGACAGAGAGAGACUUAAGGCAGCUAAUAGUAUCGUAUCUAUUGUUUUUGGUACUCAAAGAAUUGCGUGGGCUCACCUUGAUCGUAAAUUGGCAGUGCUAGACUGGCAGCAAAGGGACUAUUGGAAAUUAACAAACAAAAUACAUCCAACAUCAUUCUAUUUAGAACAGAUAUCUUCAGUCGUUUCAAAGAUGCCUAAAGCGGAUUUCUAUGUUCUGGAAAAAAUAGGCCUUUCCAUUCAGAAUUCCUCUCUGUUUCCUGCACUGUUACAUUUUCACAUCAUGGAAGCCAUGCUAUAUGCCCUGUUAAAUAGGACUUUCGCCCAGGAUGGACAGCACCUCGUGCUGAGCAUGUACCGCGGCGACGUGGGCAAAUACUUCCAGCUGAUGAUCGGCACCACUCGGACCAGUGGGAAGGAGCUGGUGAACCGGUUUCUGUCCGAUUCUGUGCUGAGCACGGAGCCACGCGUGUUCUUCCCACCGGACAAAAUAGUGCACUACAAAAACAUGUUCACCGCCUCGAGCACACAUAGGAAGGAGGAGCUAUAUGAUUCCUUACUACAAGCCAUUGCCUUCUUGGAGCUGGCAGUUUUGGACACUGAGCCUUAGACCUCUGAAGUCAGUGCAGAUGCUCUGUUGUAAGGUUAAUUUAUCCUGAAGUCAUAAAACCAGCUGUACUAAAAGAUCUUAGUAGAGAAGACACAUUUUGUAUGUGUGUGGUUGGGUGGGCUUAAACUCAGGACCUCCUGCUAAGAAGUGCUAUACAGUGGGGCAAUGCAUCUGGCGUGUAUGUGUGUGCAAGUGUACCCCGGAACUGGAGCUUGAACUCAGGACCUGGGUUCUGUCCCUGAGCUCUUUUCUCAAGGCUAGG